UAAAGGCAGCAUACAGCGGUGUUUCAGCGGCAGAUCCCCAGCGUAAUACACGCUGGGGAUCCGCUCGUGUGAACAAUGGAACUGAGCUGGAGACAAACAGUGAGAGGAUGGUGCUGCAGGCUCUGAGCGACUGGUUCUGGUGGGAUCGGAUCUGGCUGCCGUGUAACUACACCUGGGAUGACUUCCAGAACAGCGAGGGGACCGGCGCAGCCUCCACGUCCCAGCUCCUCGUCACCCUCCCGCUCGCCCUGGUCUUCAUGCUGCUCCGCUAUGGCUUCGAGAGGGCCAUUGCAACACCUGUGGCCAGCGCCAUGGGGAUAAAGAGCAAAGUCCGACAAAAAGCUUCAUUAAAUCCGGUCUUGGAAAAUUUUUACAUCUCGAGUUCUAAACACCCAUCUCAAACGGACGUCUAUGGCCUGGCUAAGAAAUGCAACCGUACAACGGUACAGGUCGAGAGAUGGUUCAGGAGGAGGAGGAAUCAGGACCGCCCAGCUGUGAUGAAGAAGUUCCAAGAAUCCUGCUGGAGGUUCACCUUUUACCUGUGUGCCCUGAUCGGGGGAGUCGCUGUCCUCUAUGAUAAACCUUGGUUUCAUGAUGUAUGGGAAGUUUGGGUUGGAUACCCAAAGCAGGAAGUUCUUGACUCUCAAUACUGGUACUAUGUCGUGGAAUUAGGCUUCUAUUGGGCCCUUCUAUUCAGUGUCGCCUCUGAUGUUAGGCGAAAGGACUUCAAUGUACAAAUUGUUCACCACUUGGCCACAAUUUUCCUGUUGAACUUUUCAUGGGGAGUCAAGUAUAUCCGAGUGGGAACUCUGACCCUGCUGGUGCAUGAUGUCUCAGAUGUUCUGCUAGAGGCUGCUAAAAUGUGCAGCUACGCUCAGUGGAGCAAGACCUGCAACAUUCUCUUUGUCGUCUUUGCGAUUGUUUUUGUCAUCAGUCGGCUCAUUAUCUUCCCAUUCUGGAUAAUAUAUGCAACGGUGGUGUAUCCCCUGUACUACUGCCCACGUUUCUUCCUCUACUACUUCUUCAAUAUGGUUAUGUUUAUCCUUCAGUUCCUUCAUAUAUACUGGGCAUACCUUAUCUUUAGGAUGGUGCGCAAAAUGAUCUCAGGAAACAUGUCUGGUGAUGAUCGGAGUGACAAUGAAGAAGAGGACAGUGAGGAAAAUGAGGAGCAGCCAUUAAGCAAUGGAGAUGGCAAGAAGCGCAUCAUAAACGGGCAGCACGACCGCUAGGUUUGCCGCUCAUUGUAAGCAGUCGCACCCUGUCCCGGAAACAGAGUAAAAAAGAAUAAAGAAUUGUUGAUGGAUUUUUAGUCAGAUAUGCAGCAGGGGGACAGGGGGCAGCGGACUACAGCUGGAUGGGCACCACAGAUCAGAAAGGUGCAGAGUCCUUUUCUUUAGGACCAACCCUGUUUGAGACAAGGCCCAGACAUUUUUUGUUCCAAAACAUAUAAACUUUAAAAGAAGAAAAAAAAUCCACCUAAAGUGACCGCUUGUUUUUUUGUUUUGUUAGAAGCAACGUAUUUUUUAACAACUACAUAUUGUAACCCAGAGGAGACAACCGGAGACAGUAUUCUAAAGUAUCAGUCUCCCCUGGAAGAUAACCUACAAAAUGUGUCCGUGUGGGGGUGGGAUUUCUUACAGUGCAUUCCAGAAGGCAACCAUGACAGACGGCAGCGUCACAGCAGUUUAGAAACAUUCUCUCUUUUUCGGAUACAAGCUACGGAACAAGAAGCUUUUUUGCACUAAACCCUCGCUGACAACUGUAGCCAUUUGGUUUCUGUCCUUAUUGCACAAGAGGGUUAACGUCUCCGUGCACUGAAGAUGAUGACACUGUAUCCCCACCUCCUCCUUGGCUCUAUUUAUACCACAUACGGAACACAAGAGGAGCUCUGUGUAUAAUACACACAAGAUUAGCUGUGCGCAUGCUGUGACCUAAUACAUGAGUUGUGUGGGAGGGGACAGCAGGAUAACGCUGCCCGUCUGUUCCAGAGGUGACCACAGGACGCACUGGCUGUUCCCUAUGCCAUAACACAGCUUUCAUCAAACAGCAAAGGACAUAGGUCUUUUAAUACAUAUGCAACAUUUAUAAGACUUUUAGCCAAUGAAUACUAGGUAUUAUAUCCAAAGAUGGUUCAUGCCAAGAAAGGGGCGAUGACAUUCUAAUAGCUUUAAUCUCUACAUAUUACAGUAUAUUUUCUGUCUAACGUCAGUCUGUUUCUAAAGCCCAAAAUAGCAACUAGCCUAGUGUAUAUCUGCCUUUACUGAAUGUGGAGAUUUUUAGCCACAUCUUUUCUUCUACUAUAGGUCCUGUUCUUGAAGCCCUUUUAUACUGUUUGUAGUAAUGUGCUGCCUUAUUAUACAUGUAAUCCAGGAUCAGCUGCUGUCAGAUGCAUCUUCUACAAUUUGCAGUAUUCCCAGAAAAAAGUUGCACAUUGGGGUUUAUUGCAGUCAAGUUUAUGAAGACCAAAUCUGCAGGGAAUGGGAUGUAAAGAUGCUUUGGGUUGUCGGCAGUUAACUGGCCUGGAUACACAUGGUUAAUUCCAGUUCUAUACAGUCUUUACACACUAAUUUUGUAUCUUUACUUUGUCCACUUGUAAAUAACACCUCAAGGAUAAUAAAGCAUUGGAUUUUACCUGG